CGUGCCCCUGCACUUUUGACUAGAAAGCCCCUAGCGUGAACCUGCCAACGCCCGCCGCAGAGACACAAAUAAAGAGGAUACGAUCUUGAAUGAGUAAAGAGGAUUCUAAAGCACAGCUAUGCAGACGAUCAAAUGUGUUGUGGUGGGGGAUGGAGCUGUGGGUAAAACCUGUCUGCUCAUCUCCUACACCACAAACAAGUUCCCCUCUGAAUACGUACCCACGGUGUUUGACAACUAUGCUGUAACUGUAAUGAUAGGAGGGGAGCCCUACACCCUGGGGUUGUUUGACACUGCAGGUCAGGAGGACUAUGACAGGUUACGGCCUCUGAGUUACCCCCAGACAGACGUCUUCCUCGUCUGUUUCUCCGUCGUAUCCCCCUCUUCCUUCGAAAACGUAAAAGAAAAGUGGGUUCCAGAGAUAACCCAUCACUGUCCAAAGACCCCGUUCCUGUUGGUGGGGACUCAGAUAGAUCUGCGAGACGACCCGUCCACCAUAGAGAAGCUGGCCAAGAACAAGCAGAAGCCCAUCACUCCUGAGACGGCAGAGAAACUGGCCAGAGACCUCAAGGCUGUCAAAUACGUUGAGUGCUCAGCUCUCACGCAGAAAGGCCUAAAGAAUGUGUUUGAUGAGGCGAUACUGGCUGCGCUGGAGCCUCCCGAGCCCAAGAAGAAACGCAAAUGUGUGCUGCUAUGAGUGACCCCACCCCUCACACACAUGUACACACACCCUCCCACUUCACACACACCCUCCCCUCACCCGCCCAUCCCAUCCCUUGCUCUGCUAAGGCUGAUUGACAGCCAUUUACUCUGAAGCGAAGUAUAGAAACAAACAACGAGUUUCCGAUUAGACUGCAAUAAACCAGCGGGCCGACGGAUGGAGAGACAGAAGUGAACCUAACCCAGCUUGUAACCGUGACUAUCAUGGCCACACUCCCAUUCCAGUUAGAACAGUAAGUACGAGCCUUUAGAUGUGUGACAGACAGCCCAGUCCUGCGUAAUCAGUGCCUCUCAGUAGGCUAAAGUGGCUUCCUCUCUUCAUCUACACCGAUCUAGCAGUAAAGUUAGUGAAAGCAAUAUGAUGGAUGCCCACUGAACAUUGACUUUAAACAUCAGGGAAGGAGACAAGGAGAGGCAGUAACUAUAGACUAUUGAUUCAGCCCUGCACUCAAGGGAAGGCCAAGACCAUGUCCCUUUUUACUAUCCAAGGGGUUUGACCCAUGCCGGCAACACAGGUGACAUAGCCUCUCAUAAAAGUGUCAUCGCUCAUUGGUGAUUUAGGAAAUCAGGCUAAACUUUGACUUUUAAACGGUCUUUGACAGCUUGCCCUGUCAGUGAUGUCGAUUGGCUCUUAGUCAUCCAUCUUCCUUGCAGCCGUUGGCCAGUUAGCCGUUCUGAAAGACCUAUGCUCCACCCCCAAAUGAAAUGGCUGCCUGAGUGACAGCUAGUCACGCUGCUGCAUUAUUAAGCCCCACCCCUCUUGAUGAGCACGUCAAGUGCCCAAUCCUGCUGCUCCACCUCCAAAACCACCUGAAGAAGUGCUGAGAGUAGCCAUUUUUCUUGUUUUCUUUGCCAACGUCUCCCCUCCACAUGACAGAACAGAAGUCUGAUCAUAGAAGUUUCUAUCUCAAAUCUGCCCCUACCCCCGGGGCACCUUUGUAGAUCUUAAUGAACUCAAUAGGGAAACAUUUUAUUACCAUAUUGCUUAUACCUAUCCAAUCCUUUCAGAACUGUACUGUAGGACUGUACUGUAGGGGAAGAGGCUAGGUGUAAAUUAGGGACUGGCAUUACUAAAGAUCUAAACUAAAGGCAUCCCGUAGCAAUGGGUCUUGAUGCAGGAAUUGGCUUUUUGAAGCAGGGAACAUAAACAGUGUUAGCAGAACAAGUGGUGUGUGCUUAAUGUGUUGCUAAGGUCCAACAUUGUCAAAACGUUAUGGUAACCAUAGAAUUAGAAUUGGUAGAGCUGACAUUCCCUGUUCAAAGCAAUGUUCUAUAGUAGGUACACCUGCGGCCAUAUUUUAUGACCUAUUUGGAUUGUUAAUUAAUUGAUGCUUAUUGCAUCAGAAUUCUGUGCCACAUCAGAAUUCUGUGCCUUUCUCAGUGUUUCAUACUGUCAUGCUGCAAUGACAAUGCUGUGGUGCUGCCAGGCUACUGUAUGUGUACCUCAAAAAAAUCUGUGGUCUGAGGGAUUUGUCUGUUCUAUUACUUUUAAUUCUAUGGUGUUAACGUUGUCGAAAUGUUGUUAAACCUGGUGGUGAUGCAUGUAGAUGAGCCCCUGGUCUCUGAGAUGAUUGGUUAACAGAUUUAAUAAUGUAAGCUGGCACAUGUCGAUAUAGGCUCCAGAUAUUUUUACCAAAAUCUUUUUUUCUUUUCAGUUGUGCGGUUUUUGAUUUUAUAAAAAGGUUACUUCCUCUCCUUUUACAUUUUAGGGGCUGGAACUCAGCUGAACUCUGACCCACCAGCUAGAAACACUCAUUGGAGUUAAUUUAAACCUUCCAAUGACAGAAGAAUGUCUGUCAAACCUGGAUUGUGAUUGGUUGAUUUGACUGGUGGCUCAGAGUUGGGUUGACAUCCAGCCCAAGUCAUUUAUUAUAUUGUUAUUAUUAUAACCUGUUGUUUUGGUGCAAAACCAAAUGCUUUGUCUGACGUCUGUUCUUUGUAUAUGCAUUCUUUAAAAAAAAUAUAUUAAACUUAUACCUUAAUUGCCUUUA